AUGUCUCUCCUCCGCGUCUCCUCCUCCACGCUCGCCCGAGUGUCCAAGACCCCCACCUUUGUCAUGGCCACCCGUGGAUACGCCGACGGCCCCACCGACAAGGCCGGCGCCACCGCCUCCUCCAAGGGCUGGCAGCAGCGCGAACAGGCCCAGGAGAACCAGUACGUCCAACAGGCCGAAAAGGAGAAGCUCGCCAAGCUCCGCGAGUCGAUCAAGAAGCAGCGCGAGCACCUCGACCAGGUCGAGAACCAGCUCAAGGACCUCGAGAAGAAGUAA